AUGAAGCUCUUGUUGGCGUCUGAGGCUACCAUGAGAUCUGGUGAAGGGGAAGAAAGACCGAGAAGGAAGAAGAAAAAGAAGUCAGAAGGAAGGAAGUUGUCAUCGUCAGUUGGUCACCAGUCGGAGCACCCAUCGGAGUCAAUAACAGAGAUUCGAAAGAGAAAGGAGGGUGCUAGGUCUCGCCUCCGAAAUACCCUUUCACAGAGGGACAUGGUUAUAUUGUCGAAAAUACCCUUUCCCAAUUACUUCACAAUGCAUUGGAAGUGCUCGCCUGUAGAGUGUGCCCUGUGGUUGAAGAAGAAGAAGAAGAAUAAGGAGGGACAGGGGAUGUUGACUUCAUCUGUCGGUCAAGAGGUGGCCGGAAAUAUCUCAUCGCCACCGACUGUCUUCACCCUCCUUCUAUCCAUUCUGUCGACUGAAUCACCAAACACCACCCUUUUCCUUUCUGGUUGUUGCUCGUCUUACAGCAGCCCAAGCACCCUUUCUCCUUCAUCUUCUGAACCACUUGACUACAACGAUCGUCUCCGUCUUCCUCCCUUUGCAAAUUAUCGCCGGAGGAUUGCUUCCUUCCACCCAUUGACCACCACUACUGAUGUUGAGAAUCUCCGGUCCACCACCUGCUGCUGCCGUCAUUAG